AGCCCUCGUACGAAUGUUCGGCCAGGCGUACGUGCCGAUCCUCCCAGUCAUAUUUAACACCUUCCCGCGGGAACAAACGAUGACGACUAGGGGACUCAAGUCGCUGAGAUGAAGGCUCCCAAGGGGUCCCAUGACUAACAUUAAAUACUAAAUGCUCGUAUAUACGCUCGGCUUCACUAUUGACCGAGGUCAUUCGACAUGUUUGACUUCAACAUUGCCGAAUAACUACCUUAUAUAGAGCUCUUCUCCCCAGGGACUGGCUUGCCUGAACCUCAAUCUCCACCCUACCAAGGCUACGAUCUUGCUACUCCAAAUCCAAAAUGACUACCAUUCCUUCACAGGUCGACAUCCUCGUUGUCGGCAGCGGCAAUGCAGGUUUCGCCGCUGCAUUGUCGGCCAAGCAGUCUGGCGCUGAGAAUGUGCUCCUCAUCGACAAGUGCCCCAAAGAAUGGGCGGGAGGCAACACCUACUUCACAGCCGGCGCAUACCGAACAGCGCAUGGCGGCUUGGACGAUCUGCUUCCCCUGGUCAACAACGUCUCCGCAGAACAGGCGAAGAAGAUCGACCUGGCCCCGUACACCGAGAAGGACUUCAAGGACGACCUGCAGAGGGUGUGCAUGGGCCGGACGGACAAGGCCUUGGGCCAUGCGCUCGUCGCGGACUCCAACGCGGCGAUUCGAUGGCUGAGCAAGAAUGGCAUCCGCUUCCAGCUCUCUUUCAACCGCCAGGCGUACGAAGUAGAUGGGCGGCUCAAGUUCUGGGGUGGUCUGAGCUUGAAGACCCAGGAUGGCGGAAAGGGCUUGAUCGAAGACUACCGCUCGAUCGCAAAGCGCAAUGGCAUUCAAGUGGCGUGGUCUACGGGUCUCCAGGAUAUGGAGCCUCAGUCGGAGCAAAAGGGGUGGCUCGCCCGAGUCUCCGCGGGUGGUGUUGAUCAAACCAUCAAAGCCAAGGCUGUGAUUUUGGCUGCGGGCGGCUUCGAAGCCAACCCACGUAUGCGCAGUCAAUUCCUGGGUUCUGGCUGGGACCUCGCCAUGGUGCGAGGCACACCCUACAACACGGGCGAUAUCCUCGAAAUGGCCAUCAACCGCCUAGGGGCGCAGCCCGUGGGCAACUGGUCCGGAUGCCACUCGGUGGCCUGGGAUGCCAACGCCGACCCUAACGUUGGCGACCGCCUGGCGUCAAACGAGUACACAAAGUCAGGCUACCCACUCGGCCUGAUGCUCAACGUCGAGGGCAGGCGAUUCGUCGACGAAGGCAUCGAUCUUCGCAACUACACAUAUGCCAAGUUUGGCCGGGCCAUUAUGCAACAGCCUGAGCAGCUGGCCUUCCAAGUCUGGGACGCGCGGACGAGCUCCAUGCUUCGAUCUGAGGAGUAUCGCGAGGAGCGCGUUGAACACAUCACUGCCGACACGUUGGAGGAGUUGGCUGCAAAGUGCGCGACCAAAGGUCUGAAAGACCAAGGGGCUUUUGUUCGCACGAUCCAGGAAUACAAUGAAGCUGUGUAUGCUCACCGACAGGAGAAUCCGUCCGCAACAUGGGACCCUGCCAUCAGGGACGGCGUGUCCACGCAGUCCUCGGCCAAGCAGCUCGCGCUCGCCAAGUCGAACUGGGCGCUGCCCUUGGACAAGGGACCUUUCCUGGCUGUCAAGGUUACAUGCGGUAUCACGUUCACCUUUGGCGGCCUCAAGAUUGACCCCGAGACAGCGGGACUGGUGCAUAGAAUGACUGGCCGCCCGAUACCAAACAUGUACUGUGUUGGUGAAAUGGUGGGUGGGCUGUUCUACUCCAACUACCCUGGCGGGAGUGGUCUCACGUCUGGAGCUGUCUUUGGAAGACGCGCUGGGAAGGCUGCUGCCACGGCCUUGAAGUCUACAAGCAUGAACAAAGCAAGGUUGUGAAUUCACUAGACCAAGGUCUUGGCCAGGCUGCUGGUAGAAGACCCAUGUGAAGCCUGCGGUGGUGCGAACAUGGAGACUGCAGUACACAGUGUAUAACAAGUUUCUUUUCUUCUGCUCAUUUCGGCGGCUCAAAUCUAGCGA